GUCAACCAUUUCACCUUCUGUCAUACUCCAUUGUUUGAAUGUGUUGAUCAAAUAUCAUCCAAUCCAUCUCAGUAAACGCAGUUUACUUUUCUAACCUGUGAUUAGGACGACUUUUACCAACCCAGAUUUGCUGGGGAAAGGUGAGAGGAGGUCUGGUGUGGUUGAGACUGGGUGUAGUCCAGUUUGUGCUGAGCGUGGCUGUUUUGCUGAAUCCUCUUGGCUCUCCCUCUCCUUGUGCCUGCACACUUUUGCCCGCCGGCUGCCAGGCGGACGAGCUGCCUGGCAGCAUGUGCCAACACAGCUGCCCAUUGAGAGGCAGCGUUACGGACACAAUGUGAGCGACAGACUUGCUGUAUCAACAGCUCCUCCUUUUCUGCUGUUGUGGCCAGAAAUAAACCAUAAAUACCCCCCCAUCCGUGCCCUCUAAUGGCUCAACCUCAGCAAACGCCAAGUGGCUCAGAGAGAGAGGGACACUACCACUUCCCUAGCAGGCAAACCAGUGGAGGAGCAGCGGAUCAGGAGGAUGUCGGAGCAGCAGAGUGCCCCGGAGCAGCAGGCUGCUGGGAAGAGCCAGGGUGGAGCUGGAGCCACUUAUAAGGUGGCCGUCUUUGAGUUUGAGAACUUCCAGGGCAGCAAGGCAGAGUUUUCUGCCGAGUGCAAAGACGUGAAGGAGAAGGGACUGAAGAAGGUCGGCUCUGUGAUCGUCGAGUCGGGGCCGUGGGUGGGUUACGGUCGGUGUGGAUUCACAGGGGAGCAGUUUAUCUUGGAGAAGGGCGAGUAUCCACGCUGGGACACCUGGACCAACAGUCAGAACAGCUACUCGCUCUUCUCUCUCAGGCCGCUCAAAGUGGACAGUUCUGAUCACAAGCUACACCUGUACGAAAACCCCGGAUUCACUGGUCGAAAGAUGGAGAUUGUCGACGAUGACGUGCCCAGUUUGUGGGGCCAUGGUUUUCAGGACCGUGUAGCAAGUGUCAAGGCUCUUAACGGAACAUGGGUUGGCUACUUGUUCCCAGGUUACAGAGGACGCCAGUUCAUCUUUGAGCGAGGCGAUUUCAAGCACUGGAACGACUGGGAGGCUCCGACGCCCCAGAUCCAGUCUGUCCGACGUGUGCGGGACAUGCAGUGGCACAAGAGGGGUUGUUUUACUGCUCCUGCCCCAGAUCCGGCUCCUGGCCCCGGCCCUGACCCCGACCCUGCCCCGGUACCUCCCGCUCCCCCUGCAGCAGCUGGAGCGAGCUGAGCAGGAUCCUCACCUGCCAACCCCCCUCC